AUGGAGGUCAAUAAUAGCAAGUAGAAUUAGACUAACGUGUACGCAACAAAUGUCCAAGAGGGUACUUAUAACUGAUUUCUUUAACAAUCAAGGUGCUGCUAAGAACUUGAAAAAGAAAAAGGUGACAGCAAAAAGUGAGCCGGUGGUAGUUAAGAAGUCUCCCUCCAGCAAAGAAAAUACAGAUGUCAAGAAGGAAACUACUAAAGAAAAAGCCAAGGUGGAAAUCGAAACUGAGAAAGUCGAACCGGUCAAAGAGGAAGUUGGAGUUGAGGAAGUAGUGGAACAAGCCAAACCCACAUCAAAUUACAGCGAUUUGUGCAAGCAAUACAACUUCAACAAGCUUGAUUGGCUCAAAUCAUUAACACCAGAGCAACGAGAAUUACUACAACUUGAAAUCAACACACUCCAUAUCAGUUGGUUGGCACCAUUGCAUAAGGAAUUAACCAAACCAUAUUUUCUCAAAUUAAAACAAUUUUUAAAGUCACAAUCUGGCAAAACAAUUUUCCCACCAGCAAACCAGAUUUAUUCUUGGUCUCAUUAUACGCCAUUGCCAGACAUAAAAUGUUUAAUCUUGGGACAAGACCCAUACCAUAAUUUCAAUCAAGCUCAUGGGUUAGCAUUUUCUGUAUUGGAACCUACAAGACCGCCACCGUCAUUAGUUAACAUCUACAAGACAUUAGCAAUUGAUUUUCCUCAAUUUAAAACUCCUGACUAUAAGGCCGGCGGUGGCGGGAAUCUCUCACAAUGGGCUAAACGCGGAGUAUUGCUACUCAAUGCCUGCCUUAGUGUUGAAGCACACAAGGCCAACAGUCAUGCUAAUCAAGGGUGGGAGAUGUUUACUGAACAAGUUAUUAAGGUUGCCAUUGAUCACCACAUCAAGCAAAACCAAGGGUUUGUGAUUAUGGCGUGGGGAAGUCCUGCGCAGAAAAGAGUGAUUAAGUAUAAUCAACAAUUAAGUAGACACCCUGAUGAGUUUCUUGUUUUGAAAACAGUCCAUCCAUCGCCAUUAUCUGCACAUCGUGGAUUCUUUGAUCUGAAGGUGUUUAAAAACUGUAACGAAUGGUUAGACAAGCAUAAUUUACAAAGAAUUGAUUGGGGAUUGGUUGAGGGAAAUAUAGUUGUGUAAAACUUGUAUAGAAAAAGACACUAGUUUUUC